AACACUCACUCACAAACUCGUGUUACACCAUCAACUCUCUUCAAUUGCGUAAACACAUUCAUUCACUCACAUUUCAACAAAAUUCUCUUCUCUUCCACCAUUUUUCUUUCUCUCUAAUUUCUCUCUACCUUUCUUCCUCAACAAUAUUCUUCUUCUUCUUCACCUUAUUCGUACAAGCGGCGUGUUAUCGGAGCCAUUGGUCCUCUCUUUUGCUGCAUUUCUGGGUUCUAGAAGCUUCGCAUUCCUCAAUCCACUGUCAUCUUUUACGUUCUUCUCUCUCCUCUAGGUUUUCCGAUUCGCGUGCUGAUGCUUCCUUCGGCGUCUCACGCUACGCACUCCAAUGCCGCUGCUGUGUACACUGUAACUGCUGUACGAUAACGACUUUCUACGAGCUCAAUUACUGACGAUGAUUUUGAUGUCAACCUCCUUCGUGUUCAUCCAUGUUUUCCUUCAUUUUUUGCUUCUCUCUUUCCAAGUGAACUCAGUUUCUAUGAAUGUCCCAUUUGCUUCAUCUGAACGAGCUAAGACAUUGUUACUUAAACCUUCUAGGCAAUCUCUGUCUCAAGGUCCUAUUGUGACUCCAAGACCAAAACUUCCUCAUUAUGACCAUCAUCACCACAGUGGUAAAUCUUAUCCUGUGGUUCCGUCCCCUUAUAAAGACCCAGCUUGUAGCCAAAUCUGUACUGAUCCAUUCACUGCAACUCCUUUUGGUUCACCUUGUGGCUGUAUAUUUCCCAUGAAAGUCAGACUAGUACUGGGUGUAGCUCCUCUGGUUGUUUUUCCAGUCAUUACUGAGUUAGAGAUUGAAAUUGCAUCUGGAACAUAUUUGAAGCAGAGCCAAGUGAGGAUAAUAGGUGUCAGUGCUGACAAUCAAAAUCAGUGGAGAACCAUUGUCGAUAUUGACUUGGUUCCACUUGGGGAAAAAUUUGACAAUACCACUGCACUUAUGUUAUAUGAGAGGUUUUGGAACAAAAAAGUUCAUCUAAAUAGGAGCCUUUUUGGUGAUUAUUCCACAUUGUACGUUGCUUAUCCAGGUAUUCCAUCAUCACUGCCACCUGGAUAUCAAAUUGGGAGUAGUCCCCUGCCCAGUAAUACCGUUGGUUUUCUCCCAAUCACUGCUUCCUUCAUGAAUGAGCACGAGAAAUUGACUCUUAAAACCAUACUCAUUAUUUCUCUAUGUUCUGCUGUACCCUUUUUAGUUUUGGUUGGAGCAUUUUUCAUUUUGUUGAAAUGGUGGAAAAUUAGGAGCUCAUCAAGUGCUAUGGGCCCUUCACUCACGUCAUAUCUAAAUAAGAGAUAUGGCUUGGAAUCUAUGUUGUCAGGCAGAAUUAUGAGCUCAAGAUCUAUGUCCCUUGUGUCCGCUAUUGCUGCUUCUAUUCUCUCCGUUAAAACAUUUUCCUUUUCCGAGCUUGAGAAAGCAACAGAUAAAUUCAAUUCUCAGAGAGUAUUAGGAGAAGGAGGAUUUGGACGUGUUUAUUCUGGGACAUUGGAUGAUGGAAAUGAAGUUGCAGUUAAGCUGCUAACAAGGAAUGGUCAGAAUAGAGACCGUGAAUUUAUUGCAGAAGUUGAGAUGCUAAGCCGUUUGCAUCAUCGUAAUCUUGUGAAACUCUUCGGUAUAUGCAUAGAAGGGAGAAGGCGUUGCUUGGUUUAUGAGCUGGUUUACAAUGGCAGUGUUGAGUCUCAUUUGCAUGGUGAUGACAAGAAAAACUGCCCUCUGGAUUGGGAAGCACGGAAAAGAAUUGCCAUUGGAUCUGCAAGAGGUUUGGCCUAUCUACACGAGGAUUCCAAUCCUCGUGUAAUUCACCGAGACUUUAAAGCUAGUAACGUGUUGUUAGAAGAUGACUUUACCCCUAAGGUUUCUGAUUUUGGAUUAGCCAGAGAAGCGGGUGAAGGAAAUGGUCAUAUUUCUACAAGGGUCAUGGGUACUUUUGGGUAUGUUGCCCCAGAAUAUGCAAUGACAGGCCAUUUACUCGUUAAAAGUGAUGUUUAUAGUUAUGGUGUUGUGCUGCUUGAACUUAUAACAGGCAGAAAACCAGUGGACAUGUCUCAACCUCAAGGAGAGGAGAAUCUUGUAACGUGGGCUCGACCUCUGUUGAGAUACAGGGAAGGUUUAGAAAAGGUGGUGGAUCCAUUUUUGGCUGGAAAGUAUGACUUCGAUGAGAUGGCAAAGAUGGCGGCUAUUGCUUCCUUGUGCGUCCACCCGGAGGUCACUCAAAGGCCUUUUAUGGGUGAAGUUGUGCAGGCUCUUAAGUUGAUCUACAACGACACCAAUGAGAGUGAGAAGGAGUCUUUGUGCCAUGAAUCGGAUUUUGGAGGUGACCUUGUCUUUUCUGAUAGCAGUUGGUUGGAUGGUGAAGGGGUAACCCCGACAUUAACUUAUGGACCUGAAUCUUCCCUCAUCACUAUGGAUUACAGUUCUGGUCUACUAGAAAUGGAAAAGGGAACAUCAAGCUUGAAUGCAGAUGAGACAUCUUUGCCAAUCAGGCACGGGAAUAGAUCAGGCCCCUUGAGAACAGCCCGGGGUAAGCCAUCCUUUACUAAGCUUACUCGAAGUCGCAGCGAUCAUGUCGUAUCCUUCCAAGCUUGUUUGUAAUGAUGAAUUGAUGGUUACUUGGUUUAAGUUUUCAUGAUAUUUAUCAAUGGUUAAUAGGUUAAGGUUUGACAAUUAUUGCGUUUGAGAAAUUUACAGUUUCAAACAAGCGCCCAAAGGGGCUGAUUUACAUACAGUUACUGGUGUGGGUUAA